AUGCAAUUGUUUCCAACAAUUGAUUCAUCUUUUCUUGAUUGUUAUCAUUUAUGGAAACUUAUUUUUUUUGUUCUUCGAACAACACGAUUAAUUCAGUGUCAAAUGCAUGAAAAUAUUAAUACAUCAUCAUUAUCAUCAUCAUCGUUUUUUGCAGCUAACAUAUUUCCAUCAUUCGUUUUACGUUCACAAGAUAAUUUACCUUUAACAGAACAAGCUAUAUAUGAUUUACGUAAUGAUAUGAGAAAAGCAAAUGAAUUAAAUGAUUUUGAUGAUGAAGAUUAUCUCGAAGAUGAAGAUAUGGAUAUGGAAAGUGAUAAUCAACAACAUUUUCAAUCAUCAUCAUCAUCAUCAUCCUCAUCAUCGUUCCGUUCUAGUAUAAUUAAUUCAAUCACUUCUAUUACUACUAUCAUGACAACAGCAACCACAAUAACGACAACCACAACAAUAACAACACCUACCACACUUUCAGAGAUAAAUACUCAAGAAACAAAGAGUAUUGAAAGUAAAACAUCAAAUGAUCAAUAUACGAUCAUAUCAUCAUCAUCUCAUUCUGUACCUAUGUGUAUUUGUAUACUAUUUCCAUUUAGUUUAUUGUAUAGAUAUAUGCAUAUGAAUAAUUUUUUAUUUUAA